UGAAAAGAAUCCACUUGGCCCAUCACCUUUCAAGAAUGACUUCUAGGGAGCAUUAGAUGUGUUAGAUAGCCCUCUUCUCCAUUCAGCACUCUUAUGAAUAUCCAAUGGGAAGAAUAAGAAGCUGGUUAAAUUAUGUGAAACAACUAUUAAUUCCUGCGAGAAAACCAAAAGCAGAAAUUGGCCUACAUGACACAACAGAGGAGCAGAGAAAACAUGCUUUGACUGUAGCUCUAGCUACAGCAGCUGCAGCAGAGGCUGCGGUGGCUUCUGCCAAAUUUGCAGCCACAUUUAUCCGGGAAGCAAAUGCUCAACAUGAAAUUCGAGAGAUAAAAAGCUCUGCAGCUAUCAAAAUCCAAAGUGCUUAUCGUGCUCACCUUGCUAGGAAAGCCUUAAGUGCACUGAAGGGACUGGUGAAGAUUCAAGCAGUGGUUCGAGGUGAAAUUGUAAGACGCAGAUUAAUAGCCAUAUUGAAAUGCAUGAUUCCCUUUCCAGAUUCACUGUUACACAUUCAGCUGUUGAGAGCUCCUAUUCUGGACGAGAAUUGUUAUGAAAAUCAAAAGGAACUGCUCAUGAGCCAAAAUGACAUCACGAGAUCUCGUGAACUGAAGCAACUUCGGUUUCAUGUCCAUGGCACAAGGGAUUUCAAUGUGGAUUCAAACAAAGAUGUUGUUGAAACUUUGUGGUCGAGAAAGCAAGAGGCGAUUGUCAGAAGAAAGCGGAUUAAGAAAUACUGCUCAUCAUCUCCUAGGGGGAGGAGAAAUGGUGAGAUUCUGCAAGAACCUCUAGCCAACAAGGAGGACCAAUGGGGCUGCAGAUUUGAUCAAUGGACAAAAUCUAACUUGCUGUCAAUGAUUGCAGUAUCAAAUAGUCCUCGAGGUGGCAUGAAUAAGAUGAAACGAGUCCAUGGAAGACAUGCUCGUAACCAAGACCUUAUAGAGGAACCAUCUUCCGCACCACCAAGGAGAUUAUUAUCUCCUAGAGGACAGAAAUUUAGUUAUGAUAGCUCUUCAGUGCAUUCUCCUAGCUUCCCGAAUUACAUGUCUGAUACAGAAUCUCAAAGAGCAAGGGCGAGGGAAAGGGAAAGGUCAAGGAGCACCCCGAGGCAACAGUUGAGGUUCUAUGAUGAUUAUCCUCCCAAACAUUCUCCUUACAGCGCAAGAUGUUCAAGGCGUCUGUACUUCGAUGAAAUGUCUGCCAGAGAUGGAAAGAGUAGAAUUGCUGAUAUAGUAUCCACGGAUGUACAAGGAUUUUAGUGGCUACUGAACAACUUUUACAUGCCUCCCAUUAUUUGGCAGGGUGAUUCUGGAUUCAUGGUUGCCCUUAAGAAGUUGCGGAUCAAAGUUGGGGACUUACAGGUAACUCUAACAAGGCAAUGCAGAAUCCUCUACUGUCAAAUCAUUUUUUACAAAUUUCACUGUUGCAUUCAGAAAGUUUUUACCCCUUGUGUGUUUACAUGCACUGUUUUGUAGGAUUUGAGUUUUUUUUUUUUUUUUUUUUUUUUUGGAAUGAGAGUUGCUUUUGUUCUUGAUUUUCAA